AUUAAACACGAGUUAAUGUGGAAUUUAUCGGAGCUUAAAGGUGGAACGACGACCGGACACAGCGCUUUCUCGUCAGGGACUGACUGAUCAUGGUCGCCGUGGUCCGCUCUCUCAUGGUACUGCUGCUCGCUCAGGUGCUGCUGGAAGGUGCUGCGGGACUCAUCCCCGAGGUGGGCCGGAGGAGAUACAGCGAGUCUGGGAAGCAGAGCCCGGAGCAGUCGGAGAGCUUCCUCAAAGAGUUUGAGCUUCGGCUUCUCAACAUGUUCGGCCUGAAGCGCAGGCCGACCCCCAGCAAGCAGGCCGUGGUGCCGCAGUACAUGGUGGACCUUUACCGCAUGCACUCUGCCAACGGGGAUCACAGCACCAAGCGACCCAAGAACAUGGGGAAGCACGCAGAGCGAGCCGCCAGCAAGGCCAACACGAUUAGAAGCUUUCACCACGAAGAGUCCAUGGAGGCUCUGACCAGCCUGAAAGGCAAAACAAUCCAGCAGUUCUACUUUAACCUGACAUCUGUCCCUCAUGAGGAGCUCAUCACUUCUGCAGAACUUCGUAUUUACAGAGAUCAGGUCAUGGGACCUGCCAUCCCUAACAACAGCAGCACUGGUGAGAGUGUUCCAGCUGGUGGCUUGCAUCGUAUUAACAUUUAUGAGAUAUUCAGAGUUCCUGCCACUGAUGGCGCUGAACCUCUAGCACGCCUGCUGGACACCCGGCUGGUGCAGGACUCCUUGAGUCGCUGGGAGAGCUUUGAUGUGAGUACUGCUGUGUCUCAGUGGACCUCAGGGAAAGGCCACAAUCAAGGCUUCAUGGUGGAAGUGCUUCACCCAGAGGAAAAGAAGAUGGAUGCUGAGCAUGCCCAGAGACGUAAUAGGCAUGUCAGGGUGAGCCGGUCUCUGCAUACGGACCAGGACUCUUGGCCUCAGGCACGGCCCUUGUUGGUGACAUAUAGCCACGAUGGCCGUGGGGACUCUGUGCUCCAUACACGAGAAAAAAGGCAGGCAGCGCUCCGUAAACAGCGCAGGAAGCACCAGCAUAAGGCAAGCUGUAAAAGGCAUGCCUUGUAUGUAGACUUCAGUGAUGUGGGAUGGAAUGAGUGGAUAGUGGCACCCCCUGGCUACCAUGCCUUUUAUUGCCACGGGGAAUGUCCCUUCCCCUUGGCGGACCACCUCAAUGCAACCAAUCAUGCAAUUGUGCAGACACUUGUCAACUCAGUCAACUCAAACAUCCCUAAAGCCUGUUGUGUGCCCACUGAACUCAGCCCUAUUUCACUGCUCUACCUGGACGAAUAUCAGAAAGUCAUUCUAAAAAACUACCAGGACAUGGUGGUGGAGGGAUGUGGCUGCCAAUGAAAAACUGACAGUGUGGACAGAAAGAGUGAGCAUGCAAGAAAGACCGGAAAGUGUUUUUGGUUGCUACGGACACCCGGUUUCCCAACAAAGACAUUUAUUUAUAAGAAAGAUACACAA